AUGACUGGUUAUUUGGAGAGGGGAAACACAUCCUAUAAACAUGUAGUAAAUAAGGUUUUUAUCAUUCCUCUGGAGGAUUUCCCCACCAAAAUCGCUGAAUACAUGACUGGUUUCCUGACUUCUGUAAACUCAGUCCAAAAUGUUAUCCAGACCCUCAUGUCACUGUCGAAGCCCGAACAUAUAAAGCUUGACCCCCUUGAGCAAGCCAAAGUCGACUUACUGUCAGCAUACGCACUCAGUUCUCUAUUCUGGAUGUACUUGGUAACACAAGGAGUGAAUCCAAAAGAUCAUGGAAUCAAACAGGAACUGGAGAGAAUCCGAACUUACAUGAACAGGAUAAAGGAGAUCACAGACAAGAAAAAAGCAGCAUGUCUGGACAAAGACGCAGCAUCUUGGUUUAUCAGGAACGCACUGUGGGUUGGAGGUCACCAGAGAUGAAGAAAGCAUGUUAUAGCACAGCAAAGCAAUCAAAGGAAACUGAGUUGAGGACCCAAAAUUCUGAGUCUGAACUAUACAUGUGUGCUGGAUGUGUCUUAUCAUUCAUGUGAUUUCUCUCAUCAUUGUGGCAUUUCUUCUUUUCCACCUCAGUUUUGCCUGCCAGCAGAUUUGUCUGAAUAUAAUUUUGUUGAAUGAUCUGUUUUCAUGAUAAGAUUUCAGUGGGAAGUAGAUGUUUAUAUACUGUAUAACCUGCAUCAAGUUGUAAAGGUUAUAUGAGAAAUGGCAUGCAAGGUUUCUGUUAAUGUAUACAAAUAAAAGUUCAGAUGUGCAUCAACUGGAUCUUGAGAUGCUGCUUUAGUUAUUUGUUUUAUUAACAUAUCGAUACAAAAGGAAUUUAAGCUGUGAUUGAUUUCUAGAAUGUCUAAACCACUUUUUACGGACCUUGUAUUCAAAUUCAA